UACUGUAUAAGAUAUAAGCGUGUCCUGUUCUCAUAACACAUGCGCGCCCCCUUCAGUCGGAUUUAUGGGAUUUCCCAGUGACGUAGCUGAUAAUCAAUACGCAUACAUAGCGUCUUCCUCUUCCUGAAUGUAAAAAGUCGUCAUAGAUUGAGCUAUGUAAAAAUAAUAACCCAAAAUGAACAACACUACUCAGGAUUAUUAUGAAAUUUUAGGAGUAAAGCCGGAUGCCUCUUUGGAGGAAAUCAAAAGAGCUUUUCGACAGUUGGCGCUGAAGUUCCACCCAGACAAAAACAAAUUAGGCUGUCAAGAUUCAACAAAGACAUUUCAGUUAAUCGGAGAGGCGUACUCCGUCCUUAAGGACCCUGAGAAGAGAGCGAGAUAUGACAGAGAAAAGAAAUUUACAUCGGGAGUGAGCGCCCAGCUGUUUACACCAGAGGAUGCGUUCGCCGUGUUUGCAGACUUUCUGUAUGGUGGGAAUAUUCCGGAGUUCUUUCGUGAGGGACUUGAGACCUUUAUUACUGUCCACGUUCCGUAUGAUAUAGCGCUCAGUGGAGGGGAGAUUGACGCCGGGGUCAAUGGUGAGACACAUCGAGUGAAAAUCGAUGGGAUCGUUGCUGGUAGUUGGACACCCAUCAUCAGUUUUACAACGAGAGAUGGCGAGAAGGUGAAUGUCAUUUUACAGGUUCAAUUUCCUGAAAAUUGGCCACCUGAACAGAAACGAAAGUAUCAGACUAUUUUCUUGUCCACGCAACUCGUAGCCAUUCUGGCACCAUCAAUAGGGACAUUCGUCAAGGAGCACCCACUGCUAAGCCUAGGAAUAGGGGUGGGGCUCGGAUUUUGCGCAGCAGCCUUGGGUUUUGUUGCAGUUAUACGUGGUGCAGCAAGACGAUGACGUAUAGAAACCUGACACAGCUGUCUGUUUGCCACAAUAGACACGCCUUCUUCAAUAGUCAUACCCGGUAUUGAUAUGUAUAUUUGUACGCGGGAGACUUAAUGCUUAGGCUCCUGUGAGAAAAACCAACAUUCUUUGCACGAGUUUAUCAUCUGCUUAUUAAACACGGUACAUAUGCCAAGUUUUGCCUACGAUAUAGUGGGCCUAUAACGCAUUGGAAGCUUGCCUAUGUAUAAUCCCGACAUUCCGCCAGGAGGCCACUACUUAUCUGUUUUUACUUCUCAUUAUUGAUGUAUUUUCUUAUUGUGUCUUUGAAUGAAUACGGAGUGUAUUAUCUCAUAACUAUUCGCUUUGGAUGAAAGAUUUGUCAUUUAAACACCCUAAUUGAAGAUUUUUGCGCAAUAUUGCCAGUUCCCUAGAAGUGUCAUUGGAAAGAACAUUUUGUAUUGUCAACGCACUGUUUAGAAGUAUGAAGAAAGGCUUUAUAAAAGCUAAACUGCUCUAAUCUGCACCAAAAUGACAAAGUUAUAUGCACUGAUCCUUCAUACUGUACUUGUGUUAUUUAUAAUUCUAUGGGUUUUUAGUACUGAUUAAUUGUUAAUUUUUAUAUGAAAAUCAUGAAAAUAAUUUACCGUCAUAAAUAUAA